AUGUCAUCUGGCUUCAAUCUUUGCGCCCCACGAGAAACCUGCCCCCGAGGCAGACGUUUCCCUUCGCCUGAAUAUAGCCAUCUCAUCCGUAAAAUCCAGAUCAACCUUGACGUCCAAUUCUCUUUCUAUGAUCAACUCAAAUUCUUUCCAGAUUCUCCAGUACAGCAGGGUCCAAGACCUGACUGUACAAAGAUCCUCCUAUUCGCCUGCCAAAGACUUGAGGAUUCGCUCGACGGCCCGUUGCGACAAUAUAUCCCUGGAGGUGAAAUAAACGUCACAGUGAGAGGAGAUGGGGACGCUAUAUGCCUGCAGGGACUCCAGACACACGAAGGUGGUUUUGCUACAAAAGAUCUUCAACGUGCUAGGAAUUGCGCCUUUAGGGAGGUGAUUCAGACAACUUAUCCGCUUAUGAAUUGUUUGUGGAAGCCUGAGGUGAAUUGGGUGACCCGUAUUGAAACGGAUUCUCCGAACUUGGUGGAGGAGGUUAUUGAGGAGUGUACUCGUGAAUGGAGGGGCAGGGAGGAUUGGAGAAGGAGGAUUCUGGUUUUACCUUCCCCGAAGUUUGGAAAGAUUUAUUGGGUGGUUAUUGGUGGGCGGUUGAUGCUGGCGUAG